AUUAAAGUGGCUAUGCAUAAAUAACAACAGAGAGUAGCAGCGGGACUGAUGUGAGCGCGCCCACAGUCAAAAGCCAAUGGUCUCCUUUAUAGCCUAUCUAUCCAUCUGUAGUUACAGAGCACACACCCGGAGAGCGGAGCGGAGUUGCAACGUGACCGCGCCCCGCCAGCCCCCAGCAACGCGGUAACUAUAUCAUAUGACUCAAAGCGUUCCGACUUCAUUCACUACGGAGAUCACAGUCUACAGCGUGCGGGACCCGCUUUGAAGGGAUCCAAUACGCUACAAAAACCGUUUGAUAAGAACAACCGGGACAUGCGGACGGCUUGACAUUAUUUUUGACCUAUCCUCCAUUUGCUGAUAUAAACAGGACAUAAAAGUUUAUAUUUUUGGAAGUCUCCCAUAAAUGUAUGGAUAGUGAUAUAUUAUAUUCUCCGAGAAUUGUAUCAACAUGCAUAAAGGAUUAAAACACUGAAAUGUGUCACAACGAGACGUCUUCACUUCAAGUGGAUUAUAGCCUAAUCGACAAAAUGAUGACAUUUCUCACAUCUGGAAGUUCUUCUAAGCAUAGAUAGCUCUUGUCUCMGGUGCCGUAACUCCAUCUCCUGCUCCUGUGUUGCUGCUGUGAAGCGGAGUAGGAAACCCAACUGACUUCAAUAAACGUCAGUCUUAAAUGUAAACCUAGAUGAACACCCAAUAAAGUCACACUGUUAGCCUCGCCAUGUUGCCUAUAAUAGCCAAAUAAUUCGCACUACCGGCUGUAGAGUCGUGGAGGUAGCGGUUCCACCCGAGGGAUGGUACUGGAUUCCCGUGGUUUGGGAGCGACGCCUCAGCUCCUGGUUCUGGAACGGUGUUGGUGGAACUACUGGAACUUUCUCUCGUUCUGGAGCCCAAAGGAGCCGAAGGGAGAUGAGAGCCGCUUUUCUGAGCUUCCUCCUCGCCUGCUUAUUGUGCCUGUUACGCACCGCCGCUGAGGAGGCCCCACUCCCCCGGGAGCUGUUGGAGCGGCUGUCCCGCAGUGAGAUCCGCAGCAUCAGCGACCUCCAGCGGCUCCUGGAGCUAGACUUGGAAGAGAAUGAGGUGAUAGGGGAGAACAAACAGAGGUACCACAACAAGGCCUUCCCCCACAGCUACUCACAGCUGAAGAGCUCCCAGACACACUCCAGGCACAAGAGGAGCAUCGAGGAGGCGUUACCCGCGGUGUGUAAGACUCGUACGGUGAUCUACGAGAUCCCUCGGAGCCAGGUGGAUCCCACCUCCGCUAACUUCAUCAUCUGGCCUCCCUGUGUAGAGGUGAAGAGAUGUACCGGAUGCUGUAACACCAGCAACAUGCACUGCCUGCCCUCCCGCAAGCACCACCGCACUGUCAAGGUGGCCAAGGUGGAGUAUGUGAGGGAGCGUCCUACUAAAGAGGUGCUGGUGCGGCUGGAGGAGCACCUUGAGUGUAUCUGCACCUCCAAACGACACAUCAAGGAACUCUACGAUACAGACAAUGGCGUAAGGUGAAGAAAGACGGAUGGAAGAGAGAAGAGUGAAAGAGAGGAAGAGGGAAGAGAACAUCUUUUCAACAGAAACGUUCAUGUUUCUCAGACUGAGAACUUCAGCCAUGUUGUGCGUCAUGGCAACAAGAGAAGUGGGCAGAGGACAGAGAACAUAUUCUAUAUAUGUUAUAUUCUAUAUCUUCCCACAAGACGAACCUUCAAAAAYCAAUCAUUUUGAUCACGUCAAAAUAUUGCCAGAAUCGGGGAUGAUGUUUCUGGAAGAUGCAAAUAAGGACUUCGGUAUUAGGAGUGGGUGUGGCUUCGAUUUGAUGAUUGACAGGUGUCAAAUAACRUGACUACGCCAACUGGGAGAAGAAGAGAGGUAGAUGAUUGGAUAMUGGAGGACURURGGAGUUAYAGUCUUUAUAUAAAGGACUUCUGACUACAAGACUACUCCCAUGAUUUUGGAUUACGAAGCGGUUUGGAAUCCUCCCAGUCAUUUCGGAUGCUUYUGGAUUUUUCCAUCGGAUUCCGAGGACAGUGACUGGGAUUAUGUUUUGUAUUACAAGAUUCCAAGAUGURCUCUCCUUCUGGAACGGAAGGAWGUCACCUACAUGAUGUAUAUCCUCUUAUUUUUGUAGCCCUGGUUUUCUAUUACUGACCGACUUCUUGAUUMGUUUCUGGUAUGUUAUUCACAUAAAGGAAGGUUUAAAACAACUGCUACAUCAGUUACAAGUUACUAAUAAACUAUUUAUAACGUGAA